GAAUCUUCAUUACUCCCGCGAUUGUAUGGAGGGCCAUGGGUUCACCAGGUGCAGCCUUAUUGGUUUGGAUAGGUGGCGGAAUAAUAGCCCUCUGUGGGAGCUUAUGUUUUGUUGAACUAGGUCUAAGAUUUCCAAGAAAUGGAGGAGAAGCAGAAUAUUUGCGCGAAGCAUUCCCUCAUCCACGGAAUUUGGCAAGUUAUCUUUUUAGUUUUAUGCUGAUAUUCUCAAUAAGAGCCGGGACUAUUGGUGCAUUAUCGCAUGCAUUUGCCCAAUAUUUCUGGAUUGCGACUUUUAGUUCUUCUGUUGACGAUAAAGAUCAAUGUGACCUAAAUAAAGAGCUUUACAAUACCUUGAAAGAUUGGGCAUUUUG